AGUCACUUUGUCCCAGUGUUUUGGUGCACAAAGAGAAACUCGUACUGGAGAUGCAUUUGAAACAAAAAGUAUACUGUUACGGUGUCCUUCUCAUUUACACCAUCACAACAAUAACCCUGAUUUCAGUAGGCUGGUGUGAACCUGCUGUUAAUUCCUCACAACCAAACUCAACCUCAAACGCCGCAGAUCUCCAUAAUGAUAGCAAGGGCCGGGUCGCUUUGACUACAAAACCGCUCAUUCAUCCUUCCCACCGGACAGCCAGGAGACGGCAUCACCUCGAACUGAAGCAAGACGUGGCGAGAAAAGCCCAAAACCUCCAGAAUCAGGACAGCAGUGACGGAUCCCAGCCAAAAAGUUUUGGUGGUCGACCUAAUCCGCACAGAUUCACACCGAGAAUGAAGCCCUCCAGCGACAAAAGCUUCACAACCCGGGGCAGAGACAAACCCCAAGAGGAAGAGGGGGCUCACCCUUCCUUCAAGCUUCGAAAUGAAUUCUGCAGUGAGGGGGAAAUUAAAAAUGUCAUCAGUGGCAAGUUCUACAUCGCAGGCCAACUGGCGGCGAGCGCCUCCAGUGGGGGCUACCAGUCAGAUUCAGCUGUCUCAGGCCAGUCCCAGGGUGGCCAGGUGAGGGUCAAAGGUCAGCCAGGUCACAGCCCAGAGGAGAGCUGGCAGAGGCUGGAGCCUGAGGUGGAGUGUGGAGACGACGCCAUGACCCUCACUGUCAGGAGGAGACGAGCUGCACAGCUCCUGCUGGACCGAGUGAACACGUCAUCCCUGCCCCUGUCCCAGCUGCCGUCUGAGUGCGGCUACUCUGUCAAGACAACGUGGAGAGACCUGCGUCUUGUGGCCCCAUAUGAUGCCUGCCAUGUCACGCAAGAGGGUGGCAGUUACAUGUUGCCUCUACUGUGGGGAGGGACACCAGUGAAGAUGUCCUGCCCAGUCUCCCAGUUUCAGCCUCAGACCUUGGGCCUGUCCUCUCUCUGCUGCUCCCCGUAUGGUCUGACUGUCUCACUGCAGGGACAGUCAGCCUCAGAGGAGCUGAAGGUGAAAGUGAGAGGAGAAUGGACCCCCCUGGUAUUGCUGGCUGAGCAGUGUGGCUACACUUUACAAAAACAAGCUGGAGAGCUGCUGAUAGCUGCUCCAUUCAUCACGUGUGGCAUCACAGUGAAGAAUGAGAAAUACACACUUUCUCUUCAGAUAGGAAAGAAGGUAGUCACACUGGCCUGUCCUGUCUCUCCCCUUGAAGAGUUGCCACAAACCCAUCAGUCUGUGGUCAGUGGUUCCCAUCAUCCAACCAGAGGCCGGGGGGAGGCCAUUCCAGAAACUGUGCAGCCUUUUCCAUGGGCUCCACCUUUCUACCUCGCCCCACUUGACUACCCCCAUCCUACAUUUCCUCAGAGGUAUCCUAGUCCUGGUGCGCAUGAUGCAUAUAACCCUUCUCCUCCUCCAUCUUUGCCUCCAAGUCCUACAACUCGCCGUCAGCCCCUUCCGUCCGUUGGUUCCAGCUUUGACUCUCAGCGAGUCUACCAGGACUACCAAUCCUACCAAAUCCUGCCUCCUAGUGAGUCAUACGAGGGCCUCAGUGUCCACAGUCCCUCUCUGCCAUCCAUGGAUAAAAUGGAAGAGUCCUACACAUCAUAUCCAGAUCUGCGACAAAAGCAAACAUCUUCUAUUUCAAGUCAUUUAGUAAGCCGCAUCGCUUCCCGUUCUCCCUCAUCUGCUACAGACUUUCCAGCUCAAACCAAAUCGCCUUCUCAGCCCCCAAGUCACGCCUUUAAUCCAUUUUACCACUACUACCAUCAUCCCAAAAUCCCUUUGCCUGACCCAUCUCAAGACCCAGAUCCAGGUCCCAAGGUUGUAACCUCUGAAAGCUAUCCUGCAGAACAGCCGGACCCUGCUUCUCGUAAACCUGGAUUUCCAGAUUUCCAGCCAUACUAUAUCCACCAGCCAAAGGUUUCUGGAAAUGCUAACUUGGCCCAGGCUACCUCUCAUCCUUCCACCCUUCCAGUCACAAGUCCUGAAUUGCACCACAGAGACCCUGCACCUCAUGUACCCUAUAAUCCACAGCCCUAUCCGUACCACUACUUCUACCACCUCCCACAAAUCUUUGCUGAGGAGGCCAAAAGGUUGUCCCUUCACGAUCAUACCACUGCUACCACUACAAGUUUGCCCAGUGGUCCUCAAACCAUGGAGCCUGGCACUUCUGCUCACCCCCUUCCUGGUUUACCGCAACUUCCAUUCCACUAUAGAUAUAGCUUCCAUCCUUAUCCAGGUCAGCCAAACCCAAAUCAUCCUGGAUUGCAAGAUCUGCCUAAACAUAUGUACAAAGACACAUUUGGACCAUCUGCACCUGACGGUCCAGGUAAACCACAGCUACAACCAAAUGUACUUUUGACUAAGGAUGAAAAUGUGAAAACAUUGGUAGAGGAUAAGAAACUCUCUGCACCUGUAGUUCAUGGAGCCCAACCUCCCCUCCCACUGAAUUUUGGCUCCUUUCACUACCUUUCCCAAAAACCACAGAGCAACCAGCAACAUGAACCAAACCCAAUUACACUUCCUCCUCCAAAACAACCCUCCUCCCCUACACCAUCAGCCAUCUAUAAUCGUCCUCUUUAUCCACACUACUACCACCCAUACUAUUAUAUGUACUAUGGACUUGAGAGAUUACCUAGCACUGAUGAUGAUGCUUCUUCAUCCAGAAAAGCUCUGGAACCUUCUCUUCAAGCUUCUGCCUCUCCAACUGUAGAAUCACCACAGCAUCCGGCCUAUUUCUCACACCCUACCCCUAUUCCCAGUCACAGACCUCAAACCACUACGUCACCCACAGAAUCACUAUAUAAUCUCCAAAAUGGCCCUUUCCAUCCUUACUACAAUUAUUACCAAUACUACUUCCAGCCUGCAGCGUCCAUUGACAACCAGGAACCACCGUCUGCAGGUAGCAUGCAGUCUGAGAAGGGAUCAAAAUCAGAAUCUCGGCUGUCUUCGGAGUCUACUUACAUAAGAACCGAUUCCUUUGAACAUGCAGCAGAGGAGGCAUAUCCCAGCAUGCCUCAGCUACAUCACAACCCUGUUCAGAUGCCCUCAUCCCACCACAUCUCUCAGCAACAUCCAUAUGAUCAAGUUCAACUGACAAACGGUGAAGAAGCAGAAGAGAGGCCAGAUAAUGAAAUGAGAGAUCACCUCCAGGCCAUAUCACACACACCCUCUGCCUCACCCUGUGGUCUUGGUCCUGUGUCAAAUGUUGACUGCAGCAGCUUAUUGAGCUGCUGUUCUUACCCGGUGAAUGAGUGUACAGCGGGGCAACACUUUGUCUUUGCGGUCCCUGACUCUGUGGUGGAGCCCACAGUAGGCCCCCCAGCCCUGCUCUCUGAGGUCAGUAAUGUGUCCUGUACACCACAGAGGCUGACCUCCAACCCUGACCUUUACACUGUGCCCCUGGAAGGCUGUGGAGUACACACACAUAUGGCUGGGCAGACAGUGGUUCACCUGUUGGACAUCCAUGGUAGCCAGCCUCUUCAGCAAGAACACAGUUCCAUGCAGGAGGGCUUUCCUGUCAGAUUACUGGUGGAAUGCAAGACUUCCCCAGGUUCUCCAGGUAAAGUGAAGUUACAGGUGAUGGAUCCAUCUCCGUCUCCGCCGGUUCAGUCUACACCAGCCACUGUUACUGUCCAGCUGAGAAUCGCUACAGAUGAGUCCUUCACCAGCUACCACCCUGAGGCUCACCUGCCCCUCAGUCUUGUAAAAGGCAGACCGGUGUACCUGGAGGUGGGCCUGCUGAACCACCCAGAGCCUGACCUGGUGCUGCUGGUCCACUACUGCCUGGUCUACACUUACACUCCUUACGCCAGCUGGAUGCUCAUAUAUGAUGGCUGUCCUAAACACGGUGACUCCCAGCUGCUUCUCCCCCCGCCCCCAUCACCCUCCCACCCCCACCACAUACGGAGGCUCGCCAUCACCAGCUUCCUGUCUCUACCCACACAAAGUCCCUCCCGCCAGUCACAUGGUGGAUAUUCUCACCUGGAGGACCCAGAGAUGUACUUCAUGUGCUCGACAGAGGUGUGCUCUGCAGCAGACGGCGACUGCACUGUGGGCUGCAUCAGCAGUCCCCAAGAGUGAUGUAUGAGAAAUUAAAUACACAUUCUUACACAACUGACCUUGUUCAUUUUGUGAAAAUAAAGACACAGAUCUUGGUGAAGAACGCAAAAAGCUUCGUG